ACCAACUCAUUCUUCCGUCACUAAUCGUGCGAUGUGGAUAUGGUAAUCCUUUUUAGGGGCCCUCUCGUUUACUACGUGAUUUUGGCCUUGUUAGUAUCUAUUAAAUCUUCAAAAUUUAAAAAUAUCUUGCUGUAGUUUCGUAUUUUACGAAUCUUACCGAGUGAAGUAAUAAUAAUACCUGCUUAAGAGGUUUGGUUAAAAAUAUAAAUCUAGUGAAGUGCAUUAAUUAGUAAAAUGGUAACAACUACAUUAACUGCGGGGACGAUGCAGCAAGCUUCUAUACCUCUCACUCCGGUUACUUCAAGUAACGGAGAAAUGAAAUCAAAUGAAAUUUGCAAUAGCUCUGGAGCUAAGAGAGCCAGUGACAACCGGAGAAGCAAUAAACCUAUAAUGGAGAAAAGAAGACGGGCUAGGAUAAAUAAUUGUCUUAAUGAACUGAAGACGCUUAUUUUGGAUGCGUUAAAGAAAGAUCCAGCACGCCAUUCGAAACUAGAAAAAGCCGAUAUUCUCGAAAUGACAGUUAAACAUCUUCAAAAUAUUCAACGUUUUCAACAUCCCGUAUCUGCUGUGGAUUCCACGGCAAUCAACAAAUUUAGUGCUGGCUUUAGGGAUUGUGCUACUGAAGUGGGACGUUUUCCCGGAUUGGAUCCAAUUGUUAAAAAGAAGCUGUUGCAACAUUUAUCUCACUGUUUAAAUCAAACUUCUAAACCUCAAGAAGUUCCAAAAGUGCAGGUUCAUAUACUACCAAAUUCCCAACAAAGAAAUACCGAACAAGUACCUCAUAGCGGUAUAAUAUUUAGUAACAGUUCUGGUGUUCAAUUAGUUCCGACGAGACUUGCAAACGGCGACAUUGCCUUUGUACUACCAACCAGUACUCAAAAUGCCCAAGUGCUGCCAUCUCCAGUACCACUUUUGGUACCUAUAGUAUCAGAGAGAACGCCAUCUAGCAUCUCGGCGGACUCAAGUUACAGUCCGAUCUCAAGCCCAGAGCCUACGGUUUCAAUGUUUUGUUCGACACAGGAAAGACCUCUAUCAUUAGUAAUCAGGAAACGAGAUAGAAGCGAAGAAUCAUCCGACGAAAGACCAUGGAGACCUUGGUAGGGUGUAGUUAUUGUCGAGUUUUAUUUUUGUGAUAGCCAGCUCCUAUAUUGACAUUUUAUGUCACACAGUAAUGAUUACCAGUGUGUUGAUAAUUUCCAAUAGCAAUUUUUAAAGGAUAAAGUACAUUUGAAAUUUAAAAACGCGGCGGUUAUUAUCGUUUUAUAAAAUUCAUUUUUAUUACAGACCAUUGCAAAACGGGACAAAAAUUCUUACUUGUGUGUAUAUGUUAUGCUUCAUGCGUCCAAGGAACAAAGCCAGACAAAUCAAUUUCAACACGUGAUUUUUAUAUAGUGCUGUUUGUAUUUUCCUAAAUGUGAGCCAAGUAUAUAUUUUUUAUAAGUUUCACUAGAGUCUUAAGCGAUUUGAUUCUUUUUAAACGAAUAUUUUGUACUGCUUUUUGAUUUGCUGGAUUUUUAAAGUCUUGUUUUCAAAUUAAAUUUGUAUCUUUACUUUGUUAUCAAAAAUGUAUGCAAUAUCAGACAAAAGUGCAAAAUGUAAGUUAGAAGAAUAAGUUGGAUGCAAUUUAAAGUGCCUUAACAACCAAUCUCAAGUCUUCCAGUUUUCAUAUUGAUACAUCUACAUUUUUUACAUGUUAUUAUACAAUAGUGAUAUUUAUGUAUGCAAUAAAGU